GGUUGAUACCGGUCAGCGGUUGUCGCACGAGAUUGGACACGACAAAUGGUGGCACUAGCGAGCUCUCCCAACCCAAAGUCUAAUCCAUAUACUUGGCUCGAGAAAAAAGUUGAUGCGCGCCGGAUCCAAAGUUGCGUCGCCGCCUUUUGCUUGUUCUUUCUUCUGCUCGACGUUUACUUUGUCGCAAAGCUGUUGAUCUGUCGGAGGGUUUGAGCGAGGCCGGUGUUGGAAGCGAAAUGA